CGUCCUUCAGGCGGAGCGACUGCAGCAGCAGCCCGUUAAAGCUCCGUGCAGCAGCGUCGGUCGCGUGACACUCGUCGGCUCCAGACAGCUAACUAUAGCUCGGGUCGGGCCCGCCAGGGUUUGGACUAGUUCGCUACCUUCCCCACCUGUGCGGUAAACAUUAUGGCGGCCGCGGAUCCCCGGUCCUCGAGUGACGGCGGGCCGGCCACCAGAGGAGGAUUCCCGGCCGGGGAGAGCAGCAAUGACCGCGAUGGCCCGGGCGGCAGUGGCGGCGGCGGCGGGGAGGGCGAACGGGAGCGGGACCGAGCCACCUUCGAGUGCAACAUUUGUUUGGACACUGCCAGGGACGCGGUCAUCAGUAUGUGCGGCCACUUGUUCUGCUGGCCCUGUCUUCAUCAAUGGUUGGAGACGCGACCCAGCAGGCAGCAGUGUCCUGUGUGUAAAGCGGGCAUCAGCAGGGAGAAGGUCAUCCCGCUGUACGGCCGAGGGAGCUCCAGCCAGGAGGACCCCCGGUUAAAAACGCCACCUCGGCCUCCGGGACAGAGAACGGAGCCAGAGGGUCGAGGAGGGAUGUUUCAGGGUUUUGGGGACACUGGCUUUCACAUGUCUUUCGGCAUCGGUGCGUUCCCCUUCGGCUUCUUCACCACAGUCUUUAACGCCAACGACCCCUUUCAAAGAGCAGACCAGUAUGCAGGCGAUCACCAAGGCAACAGUAACCAUAACAACGGAAAUAACAACUGGCAAGACUCCCUCUUCCUGUUCGUGGCCAUCUUCUUCUUCUUCUGGCUCCUGAGCGUGUGAUGCAGACGCGCCGG